GAUCCGGAGUGGUGCCAGACUUGCUGAAACCACAAUGUUCACACCGAUAGAUCCUGUACCUCUGCCGUUCUUCAGCAAUGUAUGGGUCACCAUGUUUACCCUGGGCGGCUACUUGCUGUUUGUCCUCAAGCUGGGUCCAAAGAUCAUGCAGAAUCGAAAGCCCUUUGAGCUGCGCACCGUAAUCAAGGUGUACAACAUCAUGCAGAUCCUGUACAAUGGUUUGAUAGUCGUAUUAGGAUUUAACUUUCUGGCCAUAUUGCGGGCCUACGAUUUGAGAUGCAUUAUCAAUCUGCCAUUUGAUCACGAACAUAAGGAUAAGGAGCGUUUGAUAUGCAGCCUGUAUAUAGUCAACAAGUUCGUUGAUCUUGUGGAAACUGUGUUCUUUGUGCUGCGAAAAAAGGAUCGUCAGAUAUCCUUCCUUCAUGUCUUUCAUCACUUCUCCAUGGCAUUCAGCGGCUAUCUAUACUAUUUCUUUGUCGGAUAUGGCGGCAUUGCGUUCCCGCAGUGUUACCUAAACGUGAUCAUGCAUGUGAUCAUGUACACCUACUAUUACCUCUCUUCGAUCAGUCCGGAAGUUCAGAAGAGUCUCUGGUGGAAGAAGUACAUAACACUCACCCAACUGAUCCAGUUUGCCAUGAUCAUGACCCACUGUAUCUACACGUUGGCGCAGCCCAACUGCAAUGUCCCACGACUGGUGACCUAUGGAUGCGCCCUCCUAGCCGCCUCUUUCACCGUGAUGUUUAGCCAAUUUUAUUUCAACAACUAUAUUCGAUCGGGAAAGAAGACAUCGAAACGAUCUGGCUCUAAAGAUCAUAAAAACUAAUAAGCUAAGCUGAGUUUUAUAUAAGAUUAUUUUUCAGUUUUUAGGUUAUAUUUUCCAGCAUAUAUCAAAAGUCUGGAAUGUACAGCAGAGACGUACUUUUAGUAAAUAAAAUCCAGAAAAAUGCCAAGCAUUUCCCAUAGAGCGUAGGAAA